AUGGCUCCCAAAGACAAUUCUCUACGAGACCGCCAAAUAGCAUCUCUCAAGAAGAUUCUAAACUUGAAUGAGGGUGUCGACACUAGCGAAUCGAACGAAACUCACGCCAAUGGACUCCUUUCGCCCGUCGCACCCAUUUUGGAUGCCGAUGGUAAUCCGAUAUGGAAGGUCUUGGUUUUUGACGACCUUGGUCGAGAUGUCAUAAGCAGCGUCAUGCGUGUCAGCGACCUGCGGGCGAUGGGGGUUACUAUGCACAUGCACAUCGCGACGUCACGUCAUCCGAUUCCGGACGUCCCCGUCAUCUAUCUUGUCGAACCGACCGCGCAGAACCUCCAGAGCAUCACAGACGACCUUAGGAAGGGACUGUACUCACCGGCAUACGUCAACUUCCUGUCUUCUAUCCCGCGCGUUUUGCUGGAGGACUUUGCCGCGCAAACCGCGGCAGCCGGCACAUCCGAACACAUUGCUCAGCUUUUUGACCAGUACUUGAACUUCACGGUCGCCGAACCUGAACUCUUCAGCUUGGGCAUGCAGAAAGCGCAUACGUACUGGGCACUGAAUAGCGCCAAGACUAGUGACGAGGAACUCGAGGCUGUUGUGGACAGAGUCGUGAGCGGACUGUUCAGUGUCGUUGUGACCAUGGGAGCCAUCCCGAUUAUUCGCUGUCCCAAGGGAGCAGCUGCCGAAAUGGUAGCCACUCGCCUGGACCGAAAGCUCCGGGAUCAUAUCCUCAACUCGAAAGACAACCUUUUCUCGAGCGCAAGGCCCGCAACCACCACGACGCCGAGCUCCCGACCCGUGUUGGUUUUGCUAGACCGUAACAUUGACCUGAUCCCCAUGCUGUCCCACUCUUGGACGUACCAGUCACUAGUCCACGACGUCUUCAACAUGAGACUGAACCGCAUAACCAUUGAGACACCGAUCGACGAAACCAACCCCGCCAAGGGCAGCACCAAAAAGUCGUAUGAUUUGAGCGCCAGCGACUUUUUCUGGGAGAAGAACGCUGGAGUUCCGUUUCCUCAAGUUGCCGAAGACAUCGACGCCGAGCUGACCAAAUACAAGGAGGACACGGCAGCCAUCACGAAAAGGACGGGAGUGUCUAGCCUGGAAGACCUGCAAAACGACACCAGCGCCAGCGCCCAGCACCUAAAGGCAGCGAUAACCUUGCUGCCCGAGAUGCGGGAACGCAAGGGCACCCUCGACAUGCACAUGAACAUCUUGGCAGCACUGCUGUCUGGCAUCAAAGACCGCCAGCUGGACAACUACUUCCAGUUGGAAGAAAACGUCAUGAAACAGACCAAGGCUCAAAUCAUGGAGAUCAUCAAGGACGACAACAAGGGGAAAGAAGCCCUGGACAAGCUUCGGUUGUUCAUCAUAUGGUUCCUCAGCACGGAGCAAGAAGUCGCCCGGGCGGACUUUGAAGGUUUCUCAAGGGCGCUCGAGGCAGCUGGGGCUGAUGUAUCAUGUUUACCCUACGUCCGGCAGGUGCGCGCAACGACCAAAAUGACGCAGCUGACCACCAUCAACAACCACUCGAAUCAGCCCGCGACGACAUCCGACCUGUUCGGACGCUUUUCCUCCAUAUCUACCCGCCUUACCGACCGACUGAAGGAGACGGGCGUUCCCUCUGGUCUCUCAUCCAACUUUGAGUCCUUGAUCUCGGGCGUCAAGAACUUCUUGCCUGCGGAUCGAGACCUCACCGUGACCAAGAUUGUCGAAUCGGUCAUGGAUCCAUCGUCGGCUUCCACGUCGGCCAUUGCCAAGACGGAGAACUACCUGUACUUUGACCCACGGUCGGCGAACGCUCGGGGUACCAUGCCUCCACCAAGCGCUCUGCGGGGAGGAAGCAGCACUCCGGGCGGGAUGCCGGGCUCGCAGGGCGCGAUGCCGACGGCAUCAUUUGGGCAGCGACGCCAAGGAUUCACAGAGGCCAUUGUCUUCACGGUGGGCGGCGGAAGCAUGGAAGAGUACGGCAACUUGCAGGAGUGGGUGCAACGAAGCAGCAAGGACCGCGGGAGGAAAAGGGUCGUGUACGGCAGCACCGAGCUGGUGAAUGCAGCAGAGUUUAUCAGGGAGGAGCUUGAGCGGUUAGGUGGCGAGGUGGCGUCGUAA